AUGGGCAGAAGUGACUCAACACCACAAAUAGGGACCUUUACACAGAGCCCCUUCGAGGGAAGCUUAUCGAAGGAUGAUCACGGCAUGGCAAUGACGCGAGAACCGUCUCCGGAAAACAUUGAUGGGCAUCAACGCCCUGACACUGCUGUGCAAGUGACUGAGCCUAUGGGUAGUCUGUACGAAGUUACUAGACUCAGAAACAUUCGGAGUAAUCAAGCCAGAGUAUCGCGUCCUGGUCUAGAGUCCUCAGGCCAAGUAGAGGAUUUCAUUGCCAGAGGGAUCAUAGACGAGGCAGAAGCCGAAGAGCUAUACAACACCUUUCACAACUCACUGAAUCACUAUUUAUGGGUUGGCAUCGAGCAAAUACAUACUAGCUUGACAUCAGUUCGGCGUUCCUCACAACUCUUGACAGCAACUAUCCUCACAGUCACAGCUCUUCAUAUCCCAACGAGCACUAAGACUUUCGACAACUGUUAUCGUGAGUUUCUGUCUUUGAUUUCUUCUUCCAUGUUCUCUCGCUACCACUCGAUCGAUGAUGUGCGGGCGUUGUGCAUUGCAGCAUUCUGGCUGUCUGAUGUAUCUUGGAAACUCUCGGGUCACGCUAUUCGUGUAGCCACCGAGCUUGAUGUCCAUAAUGCUUUCUUCAAAGCGCUGGAAGGUGAUCGAGAAGCCUUUCUGCGAGCUAGAUUGUGGUAUAUGCUAUACGUUUGUGAUCACCAUUUCAGCAUCGCCUAUGGACGACCACCGAUGAUCAGCGAGAGUCUGCAAAUACGAGAACACGAACAGUUCCUGAAGCUGCCAUUUGCAGAUGCUCUGGAUUAUCGCAUUCUCUCUCAAGUGGCGCUAUUUCAGAUCAUGACGCGUAUACACGACACAUUUGCUGAAAUGCGCUUGCCCCAGCACGACAAUGCUCGCGCUGUGCUUUCAUCACAACACUUCCCAUGUAUGCGACACUUUAACUUGGAGAUUGACCAGUGGCGAGUCAAAUGGCAAUCCCUCCAGCGCCAUAAUACCUUCAUCGGCACAUUUCCACCAAAAGGCAUCAUUCUGUACAGCUACUUCGCCAAACUCCAGCUCAACUCAUUCGCAAUCCGUGGUAUCAGCACCAGCCAAGAAGACAUGGCUACUGAGCGAAAGGAGUUUGUGGAUACUGCAAUUUCUGCUGCAAUGUCAGUCCUUACCUUCGUGCUGCAGGAAGCCGAUAUGCGCCGCGCCCUAGUGGGAACGCCACUAUAUGUCCAUACUAUGAUCGCUUUCGCGUCAGUCUUCUUGUUGAAUGUGGCGACCAUCAAGUCGCAAGGCGCUCCGCUAGGUCGUCACUUUAACAUCGAUGCCCAGUUGACGUGGCACAACGUGGAAGCUAUGGUCAAACUGCUUCGGAGUAUGAUUGUAAGCGAUCGUCACCUGAUCCAACAUGUUGCGGCAGGUUUGGAUACGAUGUUGCAGAAGGCGAAAAGUGUCGCCAGUGGUAUGCCUGUUUCUCGAGGCCUUUCGGAAGAGAACAGCAUCGCUCCACGGCAAUACGACCACUCGCAAGCUGAUCAGUCGAGGCAGAAGUCACGACAGCAGGAAUUUUGGAAUGACAACAGGAACGAUAUCUCGCGUUCCUCGUUUGUGGAUCCAGGCAUUGCUGGUUCAAGCAUGGAGAUGGGAGAUAGCUUCGUCGACGAUGAUCAUAUGAUGUUCAUGAACGAGACCAUGUUGUACGAUGCGUUUGGUACCGACACAACAAAUGAAGUGUAUAAUCUCUUGAGCAAUCAGUUCUCCUGCUGA